AGAAGAGUGAAGACGGAAGUGAGUUCCUCCAGCCAGCAGCCAUGAAGAUGACAGCAGAAAACUCUUCUGGAAACAUCGAGGUGACGAUGGAUGAUGUGAAGACCCUCAUCAAGAAGAAAGAUGAGAUUGAAGAGCAGAUCAAGGCGUAUUAUGACGUUUUAGAGGACCAAGGUGUCGGAGUUGAGGGUCCCCUGGUUGACGCGGAGGGUUUCCCCAGAGCCGAUCUGAAUCUGUACCAGAUCAGGACCGCCAGACACAACAUUUCAUGUUUGCAAAAUGACCACAAGGCCAUCAUGGCUGACAUCGAAGAAGCCCUGCACAAACUGCACGCCCGAGACAAAGCCAAGAGAGAACUGGACGAGGCCGGCGCUCAGGAGGAGGCCAUGGAUCUGGAGGUCAACCUACCUUCUCCCUUCGCACGGGUGGAUGCCGUGACAGAAAGCUCGCCCGCCUGCAGAGCUGGGCUCCGAGUUGGUGACGAAGUCGUCGAAUUUGGUUCAGUGAACACAAGGAACUUUCAGAACCUGCAGAACAUUGCCUCUGUGGUUCAGCACAGUGAAGGGAAACCAUUACGUGUCACUGUGGUCCGGGGGGGCCAGAAAGUCCAAAUGAGCCUGACUCCUCAGAAAUGGUCAGGCAGAGGUCUGCUUGGAUGCAACAUUGUCCCAGUCCAGCGGUGAUCAUCAUCACAUCUUGCAGUCUGAACAUUGGAGCCUUUUCCUCUACUUUUGUCCCCGAGUGGUUUCUAAGUUGAUUUUGUAUAAAUGACAGAAUGAAGUGAGAUUUUUCUUUCAGUGCAGGUUGGUCUUAAAAAAAAAAAAAAAAAAAAAUUGUAGAGAUAAAGCUUGAUAGAACUGCAGCCGAGUUUCCUGAUUGAUCAC